AUGCAGCUUCUCACCCGGGCGGCCUGUAGACUGGGCAAGUCCCUCUGCACCAACUCGCCUUGGUUGAGACCUGAGUUAGCUUCCCUACAAUAUGUUGCCUGCAAGGCUGCCACGCCCCAGCAGGAGCAGAGGAGACACGGCGGCGGAGCAACCUUCGAGACCGUGACACAGUCAACGGAUGUGCUUAGUCACUUUGUUGGCCACUGGGUCCAAUAUAGAUAUGAAAAUUUGAAAAACUUUCUCGCCGUCGCAG